CGUGGGGGUGCGCGGGAAGUUAGUCACGGAGGGAGGGCAAUAUUUUACGUGCAAUUCGAAAAACUUUACAUUUCGAAGAAGAAAGUAGCAGUACAACUACAAGAUACAACUGUAAAUGUAAACCUUAUAUUAUUAGGCUACAUACUCUGCUACUUGACAAGCCGCGAGUCUUAGGGGCGCGAGGCCAGCAGCAGUGAUGGGUGAUGAUGAUGUUCUAAACCAGAGUGGCGCUCGGACCCCCAACAGGUCUCUGAGCCACAACGACAGAUUCCUCAAGCUGGAGGACAUCGAGGUGAGCGCGGACGGCAGCCCGGUGCUCAGGAUCAUCAUCUCCAUCGUGUACUCGGUGGUGUGCGUCGUGGGUCUGGUGGGGAACCUGCUCGUCCUCUUCCUCAUGAAGGUGAAGCAGGGCGUGAAGAGGUCCUCCAUCAACCUGUUCGUGCUCAACCUGGCCGUGACCGACUUCCAGUUCGUGCUCACCCUGCCCUUCUGGGCGGCGGACACGGCUCUGGACUUCAGCUGGCCCUUCGGAGACGCCAUGUGCCGCAUCGUGCUCUCCGUGACCGUGAUGAACAUGUACGCCAGCGUCUUCUUCCUCACGGCCAUGAGCGUCACCCGCUACCGCUCCGUGGCUUCGGCUCUGGAGGAGCGCGCCUCGGGGACGCGCUGCUCGGCCCCGUGGGUGAGCGCGCUGCUCUGGCUGUCGGCCAGCGCGGCCACGGCGCCCACCUUCACCUUCUCCAGCGUGGUGAGCGUGGCCGGGGAGAAGCUGUGUCUCCUGCGGUUCCCCGAGGGCCAGCGCUGGCUCGCCCUCUACCACGUGCAGAAGAUCGUGGUGGCCUUCGUGGUUCCCAUGGUGAUCGUGUCCGUGUGUUACCUGCGGCUCUUGCGCUUCAUCCGCCGGAGGAGCAGCAUGAUGAGGAAGAAGGAGCCGAGACGCGGCUCCUCCAGCAGCAGCAGGGUGACCAGGUCCAGGGUGACCAGGUCCGUCACCGUGGUGGUGCUCUCCUUCUUCCUCUGCUGGAUGCCGAACCACGCCAUCACGCUCUGGGGGGUUCUGGUCAAGUUCAACGUGGUUCGGUGGGACAAGUCCUACUACAUGAUCCACACGUACGUGUUCCCCGUGUCCGUGUGUCUGGCCCACGUGAACAGCUGCCUCAACCCGGUGCUCUACUGUCUCAUGAGAAGAGAGUUCAGGGCGAAAAUUGUGGGCUUCUUGUUCCUUUUCAGUUGCAGAGAUCAAAAUAAAGAAACGCACCGCAUCCGUUCCCCGCAGUGAUGGAAUCGAGGAAGGUCUCCUCCUGGUUGUCCGUGGCGUGGCUCUGUCUGUGUGUUCAAUGAACAGUUCAUCUGUGUCAGUUGCUGAAAUGAUCAUGUGCCGCAUGCAGUGACGUGAAAAACACGGUGCUGUACCGCCCUUUACACUCCGCUCAACUGCGUUCCCAAACAGUCACACCAAAGUAACUUUCGCAUAUGACUUCCAGUGUGAAGUGGGCAUUUCACGCAACAUUGUAAUUUUUUCAGCAAAAAGGUGAAGCUCUGUGGAUGCGCAUUGAUUGCGCACAGUUUCGUCCGCAACACGGUGGUCAGAAAAGAGUUUGUUAAAUGUGAAUAUAUGCAACAACAGCUGUGCUUAUGUGAGCCAAAUGCACUGAGGAAAUUAAAGAAAACGCUGGAAAAAUACAAAUACCAUUUCACAUAACAUAGUUUGAGUCCACAUUGCUAUCAACAUAUUCAGAAAUUAGAAA